UAAAAGGCAAAUACAUAUAAACAAAAAGAAGAUGAGCAUGAAGUCAUGGCGUCUAGCCAGCCUGUGGGUGGUGGUGGUGGUGCUCAUAACCAUGGCAGAACAAGUGACCUCACAGCCGACCGAUAGAAAUAGCACUCUGUUGAGAUAUUAUUGUAGCAAGUACAGAGGUCUGAACGAUAAGUAUUUCUUGAGCAACCUUAACACCACCCUUUCUGGCCUCCGUAGCCAGUUAACCACAAGCCGCUAUGCCACGGCACGCACUUUGCUCAAUGGUGAGUCAGUAUGGGGCCUUGCUUGGUGCAGGGGAUAUCUUUCCAUUCCAGAUUGUCUGUCUUGUUUCGACUAUGCUGUUGAUCAGUUAAAAGUAUGUGGGUUUGCCAAUGGGGCUCAGAUUAUUUACAGCGACUGCCAACUCAGGUAUGAGAACAAUAACUUCUACUCUGAGGGUAGCAAUCGGCCUAUUGUGGUAUUAUGUGCCAACACAACAUCGCCUCAGCCAACAGAAUUCCGAAAAGCAGCAGAAAAGUUAUUAUCAGACCUUCAAAUUGCUGCACCAAGAGCAACAAACUACUAUGCAGCUUCUACAAGAAAAGUAGCUGCUGGUAAUGCAACCGUGUAUGCCUUUGCCCAGUGUCAUCAAAACAUAAGCCAAAGUGAUUGUUCCAAAUGCUUACAGUUGAGAACCGUGUAUAGCUGUCUUCCUACCACUUCUGGGCGGUCAAUGGAUAAUGGAUGCUUCACGAGGUAUGACACGACUCCAUUUUUUGGACGAAAUGAGACAACUGAUAUUUCAUCACUCCUAUGGGAUGGGGAUUCAAAUGAGAAGAAAUCAAUAAUUGGGGCAGUUGUUGGAGGUGUAAGCUUUCUGUUGCUUCUACUCGCAAUUUUCUUAUGGCAUCGCAGAUCAAAGAAGGCAGGUGGAGGCCAACAAGAUAAAUCAACAAGAUCAAUCGACCUGUUGCAAGGUCCAGCAGCAUAUAGCUACAAUGAUUUGAAAGUGGCAACUAAUAAUUUCAGCGAUGAGAACAAACUUGGCGGGGGGAUGCAUGGAGAAGUAUAUAAGGGAACACUCGAGAAUGGGGAUGAGGUUGCAAUUAAGAAAACCUUUAUGACCUCUAGCAGAGGAAAGAAACAUUUUAAGGAUGAACUUAAGAUCUUAGGUAAUGUUCACCACCGGCAUCUUCUACGUCUACUCGGAUAUUGUAGAAAAGGCCCACACUUAUUCCUUGUGCAUGAGUACAUGGAAAAUCAUAGCCUGGAUCAGUUCCUCUAUGGUGACAGAACGACAACUUUAAGCUGGAAACAAAGGUUUGGUAUAAUCUAUGGGACAGCAAGAGGUCUUGCAUAUCUACAUGAACAAUACCAUGUUACCAUCAUCCAUAGAGAUAUAAAAACCAGCAACAUUCUACUUGACAAUGAAUUUCAGCCAAAAAUUGCAGAUUUUGGGCUGAUAAGACUACUACCUGAAGAUAAGACUCGUCUCAGCACCGAACUGGCAGGGUCAUUAAAUAGUGGUUAUGUAGCACCUGAAUAUGCCAUUCAUGGACACUUAUCUGAGAAAGUUGAUACAUACAGCUAUGGUGUUGUGGUCCUUGAAAUUGUUAGCGGAAAGAGAUGCAAGGAAGGCAUACAUAAUAAAUCAGACACUCCAAACCUUCUUGAUCAUGCCUGGAAUCUAUAUGAGAGUGGCACACAUUUGAAUCUGGUGGAUGACAAACUAGACCCUAGUGAAUAUGCAACAGAAGAUGUAAUUAAGAUCAUAGAGAUAGCGUUGAUGUGCACUCAACCAACUGUUUCAGCUAGACCUGCAAUGUCUGAAGUGGUUAUUCUUCUAAGUGACAACACACUUGAGGAAAGACCACGGGUGAGGUCUACGACAGACGACGAGGUGAAGAUUCAAGUUGCUAUGGAAUCAUGAAUAAUAUCCAAUGCCAUUAAUGCUGUUAGUCAAUGGUGACCGAAUCACAAGGAAAAGAAAAUAAAGGAGUGAGACCUGGUUUGUUGGUCACACUCUGACCUACUUUAUGCUUUUGUUUGUUUACCUUUCUUAUAAGUAGCAGUACUUUUCUUUUCAUUUAGCACUUGUCGAAAUUACUUUUCUGGCUUCUUUAUCCAUUUGUAAGCAGUGAUGUAUUAAAAAUGUUUGAAGCUUUCGACUGCUAUUAUCUUGUAAUCCUUUCUGUGAUUACUUUUUGCCAUUAAUUUUA